UUUACUCUCUCCUUGAUCAUGUGAUAGGGCGAUAUAAACAAAAAUGGCGGAACCGAAGGUUUUUGAUGUUCGUCUGUACAACAUUAUUGUUUUGGGUUUAGCGUUUAUGCUACUUUUUACAGCUUUUCAAACGGCUUCUAUGGCAGAGCAAAGUGUUUUGUCCAGUGAAAAGAAGAAUUCAAAUGGAACUUUCACUGGAGAUGGUUAUACAAGUUUGAGCAUUAUUUACAUCGUAUUUUCGGCAGCUAAUUGGAUUGCUCCACCCAUUGUCGCUGUUCUGGGUCCCAAAAUUACGAUGUUUGCUGGCAGCAUUCUUUACUUUGUUUUCAUCUUGUCCUUUCUAAAGCCUAUGGUGUGGGCAUUGUACUCGGGCUCAGUGCUGGUCGGUAUCGGAGCUGCUAUACUGUGGACUGCCCAGGGGAACUUUCUAACAAUUAACUCAGAUUCAGAGACCGUUUCUCGGAACAGUGGUAUUUUUUGGGCACUUUUACAAUGCAGUUUGUUGUUUGGGAACAUGUACAGUUACUUUGUACUGAAGGGAAGUACUGACAUCACUGACUCCGAGAGAACCAAACUCUUUAUCGGACUGUCUGGGGCUGCUCUGCUGGGGGUCCUCUGUUUCCUGAUACUGAGGAAACCGGUAUCGACAGACACAGAAAACCUGGUUAAUCUGACAGCAAGUGACAGAAAAGAAAGAGAGAGUCCCUUACAGACUAUAAAAAGAGCCUUUCAUCUACUCAGAACAAAGGAAAUUAUGCUUUUAAGUUUGACAAUAGCAUAUACAGGUAUCGAGCUCACUUUCUUCAGUGGUGUGUAUGGAACCUGUAUAUCAAACACAAAACAGUUUGGGGACGAUGCAAAGGGUCUCAUAGGAAUAUCAGGCAUGUUCAUUGGAGUAGGAGAAAUUCUAGGUGGUGCAGCUUUUGGUUUGAUGGGAAAAAGGACCAAUAAAUAUGGCCGUGACCCCAUCGUUCUGCUGGGAUUCCUGGCACACAUGGCAGCAUUUUUUCUUAUCUUCAUGAACCUUUCCAAUGGUUCACCAAAAAAUUCUGAUGACAUUUCUUCAUUCUUGACACCCAAUAAGUACAUAGCAGUGUUUUGUUCCUUUCUACUGGGGUUUGGAGACAGCAGUUUUAACACACAGCUCUACUCCAUUCUGGGCUUUAUGUUCCCCGAGGACAGCACCCCAGCGUUUGCAUUAUUCAAAUUUGUGCAGUCUGUGGCAGCGGCGGCUGCAUUCUUCUACAGCGAGGUGUUGCUUCUUCAUUACCAGCUACUGAUUCUGACAAUAUUAGGAGCCAUUGGAACGCUGUCUUUCUGUGUGGUGGAAUGGGGUGUCAGUCGAGCCUUCAGGAUGGGCUACCAGUCCAUAUGACUUGAAGUAAGUGUUUAGAGUGGGCUACCAGUCCAUGUGACUAGAAGUGAGCCUUUAGAGUGGGCUACCAGUCCAUGUGACUGGAAGUGUUUAGAGUGGGCUACCAGUCCAUGUGACUGGAAAUAAGCCUUUAGAGUGGACUACCACCAAUAGUCAUUAGUUUUGUAUCAUAUACAACAAUGACAUUGUUCACAUCGAUGUUGAAUCUUUUCUCCAUUUUUUCCCCCGAAUGUACAAAGUGCAGUUCAUAAUGUCCAUGUUCCUGCUCAUGCUUUCUCCUCCAUACCAUGCAGUACAUUAAGGGGAGGGAGUGUAAUUUGGAGUUCUCUUAAAUAGGGGAGCUGGGGAGACAUUUGUUUUUAACAACAACAAAAAUAACAAAAACAAAUUAUAUAUACAUUUAAAUAUUGCUAUUUCUAGAUGGAGCUGGAGUCGAUGGAUUGAGAUUACCUAUGAUAUUAUACACACCAUCAACAGCUCAGUGAGGUGCUGCUGUGAUACAGAGUUGUGGACAGUUCAAGUGCAAUAAUUGUACAUUUUAAAGUUUUUAAAAGUUGUGAAUGUGUAUGUUAUUUGAUGGCUUAUUUUGGGAGUGUGUGUUUGUUUUUUUGUCUUUGUAUGAAUGAAGGAAAAAAGGAGUGCAAAAAUUAUAGUUAGCUUUAAAACUUUAAAUUUUUUUCAUUCUGUGAAUUUUAAAGUGAUUUUAUUUUUAUUUUCUUUGGUAUAAAUUAGGUUGGGCAUAUUUAGAUGUCUAAUUUCACUAAAUCAAUAAAGAUAUACAUAUAUCAAUAUACAUAUUAAAUCAUAUACAUUUAUUUGUGAACACAUUGACUUUAGCAGAAUAUAUAUUUGGAAUUUUGUUUACAUCUAUGCAACUGGUGAUAAAUUGGCAUAUUCAUGACACAGAUGAAAUAAAUACUAUAUACAAUUA